GGCCGCGCGCAACAGGCCGAGCCCGGUCCGCUUCCUCACUGCUUUGUCUUGAGGACAGAAGGAUGCCGAAGAAAGCAAAGCCCACGGGGAAGGGGAAGGAAGAGGGAUCUGUUCCCUGUAAGCAGCUGAAGAUAGAGGCAACUGGUGGACCCUCUUCCGCUUUGAAUUUUGAAAGCCCUGGUGAUCUCUUUGAAAGUUUAAUCUCGCCCAUCAAGACAGAGACUUUUUUCAGGGAAUUCUGGGAGAAGCAGCCCCUUCUCCUUCAGAGAGAUGACCCUGCAGUGGCCACAUAUUACCAGUCCCUGUUCAGGCUGUCAGAUCUGAAGAGUCUCUGCAGCCGGGGUAUGUACUAUGGAAGAGACGUAAAUGUCUGCCGCUGUGUCAACGGGAAAAAGAAGGUUUUAAAUAAAGAUGGCAAGGUGCACUUCCUUCAGCUGAGGAAAGAUUUUGACCAGAAAAGGGCAACAAUUCAGUUUCACCAACCUCAGAGAUUUAAGGAUGAGCUUUGGAGGAUCCAGGAGAAGCUAGAAUGCUACUUUGGCUCCUUGGUUGGCUCGAAUGUAUACAUAACCCCUGCAGGAUCCCAGGGCCUCCCACCCCAUUAUGACGAUGUGGAGGUCUUCAUCCUGCAGCUGGAAGGAGAGAAACACUGGCGUCUCUACCACCCCACUGUGCCCCUGGCCCGGGAGUACCGCGUGGAGUCUGAGGGCAGGAUUGGGACACCGGCGCUCGAGUUCACACUGAAGCCGGGUGAUUUCCUGUACUUUCCCAGAGGGACCAUUCAUCAAGCGGACACUCCUCCAGGGCUGGCCCACUCUACUCACGUGACCAUCAGCACCUACCAGAACAAUUCGUGGGGAGAUUUCCUUUUGGACACUAUUUCGGGGCUUGUAUUUGACACUGCAAAGGAAGAUCUGGAGUUCCGGGCUGGCAUACCCCGGCAGCUGCUCCUGCAGGUGGACGCCACGGCUGUUGCGACAAGAAGGUUAAGUGGCUUUCUGAGGACCCUUGCCGACCGGCUGGAGGGCACCAAAGAGCUGCUUUCAGCUGACAUGAAGAAGGAUUUUGUUAUGAACAGACUCCCCCCUUACUAUAUGGGAGACCAAGCCGAGCUUUCAACGCCAGGUGGACGGUUACCAAGGUUGGACAGCACAGUGAGACUGCAGUUUAAAGACCACACCAUCUUCACAGUAGGGCCGGAUCAGGAUCAAUCUGAUGAAACUCAGGAAAAGAUGGUUUACAUCUAUCAUUCCUUAAAGAAUAGGAGAGAGACACACAUGAUGGGAAAUGACGAAACAGAGUCCCAUGGACUUCGCUUUCCUUUAUCACAUAUGGAUGCACUGAAGCAAAUUUGGGGUCACUCAGCUAUUUCUGUCAAGGACCUGAAACUGACUACAGAUGAGGAAAAGGAAAACCUGGUGUUAUCCCUCUGGACAGAAUGCCUAAUCCAGGUAGUCUAGGGCCUUUCCAGAAUCAAGGGUGCACCGUCUCAGAGACACACGCGCAAAGAAGAGCAACGAUGUAUGUGCUGCUUCUGUCGAUUGGGAAGGGCCCUACAACAGCCUUCCUUACCUGUCAUGGAAGAAGGGGGUCUCAGAAAGUAACCAAACUGUACUUUGGACAAACUCAUUUAAUCCAGUGUGGUAGAAAAGGCACAACUCCAAUAAAU